GGUGUGAUUCGUUGUUGUCGCUAGUUUGGCAAUUGGGGAUUUAGGGCAAAAAUGGCGAGAGAAAAAUCCAGCAAGGACAACGCUCAAGCUCUCUUCCAUUCUCUUCGUUCUGCUUACGCUGCCACUCCCGUCAAUCUCAAGAUCAUAGAUUUAUAUGUGGGCUUCGCAGUCUUCACCGCUCUGAUUCAGGUGGUUUACAUGGCUACUGUGGGAUCAUUUCCUUUCAAUUCUUUUCUUUCUGGAGUACUUUCUUGUGUUGGGACUGCUGUCCUUGCUGUUUGUCUUCGUAUUCAAGUGAACAAAGAAAACAAAGAAUUCAAGGAUCUACCACCUGAGAGAGCUUUUGCAGAUUUUGUACUUUGCAACUUGGUUCUUCAUCUGGUGAUCAUGAAUUUCCUUGGAUAAAACCGUAUCUCCAUGUUUGCUGGGCUGCUGGUUUCUCUGUUUCUGGCGGUGAUUCAUAAUUAUAACAUGAAAUAAAAUUCUUAGGUUAUCAUUAUGCUUUUGUGCACGCCUAAUCCAGAACUGUAGUAAGAUUUCUAAUUUUAAGGGAAACAAAAGAUUUUUGAGUA